CUGAGAUUCAAAGUAAAGCAGUCCUCUUUUCGUAAUUUACCGACAAGCUUAGGGGUAUUUCUGUAACUAAACCACCUUCCCCCCUGCAUCAUUUCUUCCCCACUCUUAUCAGUGGAGAAGAAGCAGUAGACAAAUAAAAAAAGAAAGCAUUCCACCCUGUCCUUCCGCCCAGUCGCAGCUCACAAAAAGAGCCAAAAAAAAAAAAAGCUCUUCAUCUCGGAUCACCGGCAAGAGCAUGACGUCGGCUCAGCUGAUCCGUUUCCGCCUCUUCCUCCUCCUCUCCGCCGCCUUCCUCGCCGGCGCCACCGACCACAUCGUCGGCGGUCACCUCGGCUGGAACCCCAACAUUAACUACUCCCUCUGGUCCAACAACCAGACCUUCUACGUCCACGACCUCAUCUCGUUUAGGUACCAGAAGAACACGUACAACGUGUUCGAGGUGAACAAGACCGGGUACGACAACUGCACGAUGGACGGGUUGGCCGGGAACUGGAGCUCCGGCAAGGACUUCAUCCCCCUCGACCAGCCCAAAACCUACUACUUCAUCUGCGGCAACGGCUUUUGCUUCAGCGGCAUGAAGGUCGCCGCCCACGUCCGCCCCCUCCCUCCCUCCGCCGCUCCUCUCACACCCUCCAACUCCUCCUCCUCCUCCUCCCGCGCCGCCUCCGCCUCCCCGCCCCCCCGCCCCUGGCCCGCGGCGCUCGCUGCCCUCGCCGCCGCCUUUGCUGUGGCCUGGAUCGGGAUCGGAUCUGCCGGGAUCUGAUCGGAUCUAUCGGUCUCCUCUUCUUUUCUUUAGUUCGUUUACGCGUUUGAGUUUGAUCCUUGCCUUUGCGAGAGUUUUUCUCUACAUGUUUCUUUUUCGUGGACACAUUUUAAUCAAUUUGAAGUGUUGGUGGGUGUGAUAUUUCCUUUUUUGGGCAAAAAAUUACGAAAGUAGCAGGUUUCCCGACA